AUGCCAGAAGAGAACGACAAUGGUUCUAGAGUUGAUUUAGCAAAGGAACUUUCUGAGAGCUCCAAAUGCUGUGAUAUCAUGUUGACUGCACUUCCUUCCAAGGAACACGAUUAUGAACUAUUCAACACAUACGGCAAUGAGCUCGCAAAUCCAUAUUUACUUCAACGGUACGGAUUUGUAAGUAAAGGCAACCCCAACACAUCAUGCCUUUUGUCAGUUCCAAUGUUUGCAUACUUGAAGAAGCUGAAAGCCAACGAAAAGACCAAGGCUUCAUUGGACAUUAAACUCGACUGGUACGAGUCUAUAGGCUUUGAGCUCGUCAAUGAACUCUGUGGAGGCUGUCAGGACGACGACUGCAACGACUGCGGUGAAAAGGACCAGCAUGGAUGUUGUGAUGACGAUGACUGUGGCGACUGUGACGAUAAAGGAAAAGAUUGUGAGAGUCAAGAGCCUCCAGAGUCAUGGCAAUUACUGCCUAGAAUUCAUGGAUCUGGCGAGCCCACGAAACAAACCAAGGCGCUCUUGCACCUUCUCAUCAUGCCAUUCAAGGUAUUCUACCACAAGCUUGCACAAGCUCCUAGCGAGAGAAAGACAGCAAAAAGAGUCGAAAAAUACUUACUAGAACCCGAACUCUCCAAGACAGAAAAGACAAUCUUACGAGGAUGGGUGGAGAGUCGCUUACAAAGAUAUAGAGCUGUGGAGCCACAAGGGCCCAGGGCCGAAAACAUAGCAUGUAUGAUGGACGAAGAGAAAGCCCUUCUCGAAAAAGCCCUCAAACAGCUACUUUGA